UUAUGUACAAUAAUGGCUGCCGUCUCGGCGAGAAUUAAAUGUCGAGCUUCGUAUAAAGAAUUGGGUGUGCACCUACGGCACUCGCCGUUUGACUUGUGCUGAGAACAUGGCCAUCUGUUCAUCAAGUGGUUAUUGACUGCAGUAGAGAUUGGCUUGGCUUUUCUUACUGGGUUUUCGGAAGGCGAAUCAACGUCUUCAUCGCUGCACUGCAUAACUUCAACGUGCCCACAAACAUCAUCGGGAACAACUUCAGAGAAGUCGUUUUCGUUCACGUGCUCCUCGUCAGUAAUAUUGCCAUCUUCAACAGGCGGCAAUUGGCAUACAGAUGCACCUUCGCGUUCGUCAUCGGGAAGGCUGAACAAAAGGGGGAAGAAGAGAACAUGCCAUCCAUGCUGGCCCCUUUCUGUCGAAGUAAAUAAGGCUACUACUGGCUACAACAAACACGAGAGGCAAACUCUACCAUGACCAGUUGAAAUAGUUCACUGAGGUGCAACUGCCAUGAGCUCCGACGAGGAGGAGAUAGUUCCGCGGCGCAAGCGCAACGUAAGAGUGAUAGUCGACGAAGAGGAGGAGCAGUCAUCGUCUUCAUCAGACAGCGAAUCGGAGGGAGGCAGUGGUGAUGAGGAUGACGAGGAUGAAGAGGGCAGCAGCGGAGAGUCUGGGUCAUCCUCGGAAGAAGCUGACUCAGCGGCAGAGGACGACGCUGGUGGCGAGUCGGAGUGGGAGGAGAUUCCCCAAGAGCUGCUCUUGGAGAGCUGCCAGCAGCAGGUGGCCGUUGCUGUGGCAGCAGCGCCAACCAAAAAAGCCGUCUCCGUUGCUCCACGCAAGGCUGCCGAUGCUACAGGCGAGGCUAGUGACAGUGACUUGAGCGACGCACAGGCUGAGCGAUGUGCUGUUUGCCUCAAUCGUUUCCUGGGCCAAGAAGUGGGCACACCUGAAAGCUGUGACCACAUAUUCUGCCUCGACUGCAUCCAAGAGUGGGCUAAGAACAUGAACACCUGCCCUGUGGACCGGUCAGUGUUCCGGCUCAUCUUGGUGCGCAAGGGGGACCGUGUCGUGCACCAAAUCUCUGUGCCAGCCCCUGGUGAGCAGGAACAGGAGCAACAGGAAGAGGAAGACCUGACGUACUGCGAGGUGUGUGGUCGGUGUGAUCGCGAGGACCGGCUGCUACUUUGCGAUGCCUGUGAUCUGGGCUAUCACUGUGAGUGUCUGAGCCCCCCGCUAGACUCCGUUCCAAUAGAGGAAUGGUACUGCCCUGACUGUGCACCGGACCAUGCGCCGCUGGAAGAUGAGCCCCUGCCUGAUGAUGUGAUGGAAGAGUUCAGAGACAUGCUGGCAUCACGGUUUAGGCCUGGGCAAGUGGGCGGCCUUCGCCGAGCCAUUGCCCGUACACGAGCCAGUGAAACUGUGCGCACCCGCAUUCAGCGCCGUCGUGCAGCCAUUGAGGAAGUAACUGCGUCGUCACCUGAACCCUGCCAGCGCUCGUUAUCAUCAGCUAGACGUACCCCAGCAAAACGUACCUCAGCACCUACACGUCGGAAAGCAUCAAGUCGCAAGUCAUCGGGCCGCAAAGCAACAAAGCGCAAGCGACGCAGCACUGGCCACCGCUGCAAGCGCAAGACUAAGACCAAGGCAAGUUCGGUCAAGCGGCGCAAGACAACAACUGGCAGCAGCCGCAAGUCUCACCGAAAAGGUGGCAAGCGCAAGAGCAGUCGACGCACUACACGCCGAUCACGUCUGUCCUCAAGACCGCUGGCCUGUCCUCCAUCAGUGCGGCAGCGGAUUGCCGAUCGAUUAGGACUUGCACGGCCUCCACCCGGCCAAAGCUUGCCACUCAUGCGCCGCGUCGACCUGGGCUCUUCUGCUUUUGCCACGGGCCCGCAAUCUGUAGGCUCAACUUAUGGCCCGUCGUUCUCCUUGUUUGGUGAUCGAGAUGAGCUGGUCUCGCUCGAUGGCAGCUGUGAUGAGGACAAUGGGGGCAAUGUAAUGGUUGCCCGACCAAGGUUACCACGGCACUCCUUCACCCAAGUCAAAAAAGCCAUCUCAAGACCACCACCAUCAUCACUCAGUCGGGUGCGUGCAGCUCUGGCCAAAGUUUCUCCUCCUCCAGCAUGCGGUGACUUGCUAGGCAGCAUCUUGGAGAUGCAGUCUGUGUUCCAUUCCAAGGGUGGCCUCACAGGUGCUAUUGUGCAACGUGAUGGUUCUCUGGACCUGCGUGCAGUGCCUUCGUCAGCGCGCAAGUGCCCCCGAAGUCCCCCUGGUUCACCUGCCGAAUCUCCAGCUUCUCCUCCACCUUCAAGCAUAGGUGGUCACUCAAUGGGCUCGGCCAACCAGGCUCCCAGCCGACGUGCGUCGAGUGGUAGUAGCUACACUUCAAGCUGUGUUGGUGCUUCAGGGGACAACGGCGCAACACCUAGUCGGCAUGAUGAUCAUUCCCAACGGGAAGGUUGUGGUAGCUACCACCACUUGAUGGUUCCCUCUCCAUCAGAUGCCUAUGCUCGCAAGAAUGGCCGGGACCGGACUAAGAAUGGUCCAGUGGAGGAAGACGACGACAUUGACAUUUACAGUGACAUUGAUGAUGGGGAUGACAGUGGUGGUGGUGGUGAUGGUGCGGGGGAUAGCAUGAAUCAUAAUGGAGAAGAUACAGAGCUUUCGGUAAAUGGUGAAAGCCCAACAAGAGUGUCUGCCUCAUUGUCCAUUAGCAGAGAGAGCGUGUCGCGACAUGUCCCAGCAGGCGUUGUGGAUCAUGACGAGGAAGCAUCGUCGAGUGAAAAUGAGCUGGUUAUUGACGAGCAGGAAAAUGCUGCUGAUGCUGCAGAAGAUGAAGAAGUUGCAGUUGAUAACUUGAAAGCAGCUGAAGAGAGCGAGGAGGAAGGUCCCAUCCUGGAAACGGACAAUGUGAGGAGCCCAUCCCCCGAGAACGAUGAGGGCGCAUCACAAGUGUCAGAUGAAGAGGGUGGGCUGGAAAUCGUCGAGGAUGGAAACUCAAGUGAUGGUGAACAGGGUGAAGAUGAAAGUAAUGGAGCCAAAGAAAAUGAUGAUGGUGGUGAUGAAGCAGGAGAUGGCGAUGAGGCGGAGGAGGGUGGGGUAGAGGAAGAGGGCGAAGAAAAACCAGAAGUGCAGCCUCAAGCUGAAGAGGAAGAAAGCUUACAGAUGAACCCUCAAGAGGAAGAAACAGGUUCAGUGCCUGUAGAAGACACUCCAGCAUCCCCUACCGAAGAGGAGUCUUCAUUCAUGCAUGAUGCGCCUGCGUCUCCCCCUGCUGAAGAAAGUCCAUCAUCUCCACUAGAAGCGACACCAUCUCCUUCUACCCCUGUUGAUGUGCCGGCAUCGCCAACGGAAGAUGUGAUCCCUGGGGCAUCACCUAUUGAGAGUGGAGAGGACUCCUCGGCACCUGCCUCUCCUGAAGAAGUGCCAGCAGAUGAGCAAUCAGCAGAGGUUUCAAGAGAAGGUGAAGAUGGGCAAGAAGAUGACGAAAAGGGGAUCACAGACAUCAAUGAAGGCGACGAAGAAGACACACAGGACAAUGCAUCUUCGCCAAAGGAAAUUGAAAGUCCCGAGGCUGAACCGGAAGAAGAGGAGGGAGAAGAGCUGGAAGAGAGCAGUUUGGCAGCUGGUGGACCAAGUGACGACAUCGCUUCCCCUGCACCAGAGGAGUCUAAAGAGGCAGAUGAUGGUGGUGUCCUCCUGGGCAACCUCCUUGAUACUGAAGAUAUAUCUUCUUCUUCUGAAGAAGAAGGCCUUCUUGAAGAUACCAGUAAUGGCAUGGAGGAUAUAUCGGAGCCUGGUAGCACAGAUGGCUUGGUGGACAAUCUUGAAGCUGUUGUCAGGGAGCAGGAGGAGCCUUGGCGACAAGAGUCAAAGGACAGUGAAUGCCCAGUGCAUAAGGAGCGGAAGACAAAGCACAAGAAAGAAACUUGUCAUCAUCGGAAGCACCGGCGUCACCGGCGGACAAACAGCAAUAAUGAGGACCGUGAAGAAGGUGAGAUUGUUGAAGAAAGGUCUCCGUCAUCUUCAAGCCGACGACGAAAGGAGGUAGAGACAACUGCUGAUGACUUGGCUGAGUUGGCACCACGCAUCAACAUUUCAGAGUUGCCGCGUAUACCCAAGCUCAAACGUAGUGAAAAAGUAGCAAGUCACACUGCUGACAGUGAAUCAAGCAUUGGAGGUGAUAGCACAAGUGCAACUGCAGCAUCGCAUGUCGAAGUGAAGCGCACUAGUGUGUUGGGCCGGGUUGACUCAGGCAGUGAUAUCAGCUGGAAGAAGCUGUCAAAGCACUCACGGGAGCGUAGCUACCGAGACGGAAAGCAACGGGAUGACACAGUGUUGUACAAAGAGCGUGAAAUCAAGAAGCGUGAAAAAGAAAGUCGCACCGAGCGCUCUGAUAAUCCGACACGCAAGGACGCUGAUGUGAGAGCAAGCUCUCCAUCGCCACCACCGCCACCGAAAAAGAAGGAACGGCGCCCUGAUCGAGAGCUGUAUGUUCGCCCUGACAAGAAACGUGACUGGAAUAAAAACGAAAAGAAGGAAAAGGAGAAGUCGUCAUAUAAAGAGAGCAAGUCAUCAUCUCACAAAGAUCACAGGGACAAGUACAAGGAGAGAGACAAGCAUAGCAGCAGUGGCAGCAGCAGCAAAGAACACACUCGGCACAGCAGCAAAGACCGACGACGGAGCAGCUCAAGAGAACGCCACGAGCACAGGCACAGCAGUCGCCACCGUAGAGACCACUCAGAAGAGCGCUCAUCCGAGAAGUCCUCAAAGCACAAGGAUUCACGUCGAACAGAUGACCGAGAGUCAAGACGCUAUGAUGACAGGGACACUAGGGAUUCAAGGGAAAAGCGUGAUUCAAGGGAUACUCGCAGCUCUAGGGAAACCAGGGAUUCAAGGGAUGAUGGCAGCCGAGGAAGAGAGUCUAGAGAUGCUAGAGAUUCAAGAGAUAGUAGGGAGUCUAGGGAUGUGCGGGAGUCCAGAGAAAACAGGGAAUCGAGAGAUGCCGCAAGGGACAGCAGAGAAUCGAGGGACAGUAGGGAAUCAAAAGAGAGCAGAGAAUCUAGGGAAAGCAGAGAAACGAGGGAGUCACGUGAAGUAACUAGGGAGCCACGACGGACUGAAGAAAAAAUAAAGGUGGUUGUUGAGAAGGACUACUGGCGAGAUAAGCAUGAGCGGCAGAAAGAGAGGUCACCCAGUCCUGAUUUAGAGGAGGCAGAGGAGCACACGCCCAUCGAGUCUAAAGAAGUGAUUGCCAAGGGUGACAGUAUUAUAAUCAAUGUAAAUUUCAAUCGCAGCAAAAAGGAAACAAUGGUGGCAGCAACCCCAUUAAAAGAUCCUGAUACACAUUCAAAAUCUAGCACAAGGGAAUCGAGGUCACGGAAACGUGAGGCCUCUUCUCCCGCCACUCCGCAGUACGGAAGUGACAGUGACGUCAACGAGGGUUUGACCAAAAAGAGGCGCCGUCACCAUCUGAUUGGCCAUGAUGUCAGUAGAGAUGACAGUGAAGCAAGUGAGCAGGACGAGCAAGAGGGUAUGGAGAGGUCUCCAGUUUCUCCAGCGUAUGACUUUGGUGAUCAGGCAUCGGCAUCUUCAUCAUCGGGGAGUGACGGCUUUGCUGACAACAAGCCAAGCACACCCCCAGAAGUGCAUCCGUCACCCGUAUCACCUGCUACUGUGGACAAGUCGCCAGUAUCAUCACAAACAACUCCUCAAGCACCAGAGCCGCCGUCACCACCGCUGCCACAGCCGCCUUCGCCACCACUACCACAGCCGACUAUGUCGAGUGGCUCUGCGAAGCAGCUGUCACCACGUUCGCCCCCAUCACCGCCAGAAGACAACAGUUAUGACCCAUGUGAGCCAACCAAAAGCCCGAGCCCACCGCCACCACCGAUGGUCGCAUCUACAGUGGCUACCGAGAGUGAUCCUCGGCCACCUCCCGAGCUCGAGCUGCCACCGCUUCCACCAGAACCAGAGCCACCAACACGUGCUGUCAAGGCAGCAGCAGUGUCCUUGCCUUUGACUCAGCCCGUUCCAUCUAUGACAGUUGCAGCACCUGUGAGUGGCCCUCCGGUGCUCCCAGCUAUGGCGGGGCUACAGUUGCAACCACCGCCACCGUUCCUGCCAGCGCGGCCUCUGACUACUGUGAUGGGCACUCUGGCAGGUGCCUGGGCUCCUGCUCCAACGCCCGUGAUUCUUGGUCUUCGGGCGCCAUUUGUGCCACCGGCCCUUGGCGCACUUCUGCCUCCGCCAAUGGGCCUCUUGCCACUGAGGCCACCACCAGCACCUAUGGUGCAGCUGACAGCCCCGCCCAUUGUCACUGCACCUGCUGCUGCUGCUCCUCCACAAACUGUGAGCCUGCCCCCUGAACCAGCAGCUCGGGUGACAGAGCAGACAGGUGUCGUUGACAUGGAUGUUUCCACACCACCGCUGUAUUCCCCCACGGACAUUCCCGUUUCACCUCCGGAGCCUGCUGCUGUGCCUCUGCAACCAGCACCUGUUGCACAGAAAGGGUCAUUUGACUCCCUUUUACCCGCGGACCGAAAAAGUGGCAAAGGCAGUUCCAAGUCCAAACGGCAACACUCCAGCAGUACUGGUGGUGCUUCACAGGAUGCCAAACAUGUUAUACACUUUGUUGUUGACAAGGCCAAGGGUGGUUCGUCGGUUGUGACCCGGAGCCGGCCGGAGUCCAAGUUUAGUAGUCGUAGCAUGGACGAAAGCCAGCUCCAGAUCCUCGACGAACUGCCCAGCUCGGCUGUUGAGAUGCAGGUCAAGGACAAGUUCCUGAAGAAGCUGAACAGGCAGGAACGCGUGGUGGACGAAGUAAAGCUAGCACUCAAGCCUUACUACAAUCGCCGCGAAAUCUCAAAGGAGGAGUACAAGGACAUCCUUCGGAAAUCUGUCCCGAAGAUCUGCCAUAACAAGAAGGGCGAGAUCAACCCUAUGAAAAUCAAGGCAUUUGUCGAGGGGUACGUCCGGAAGAUCAAGCACUACCACAAGAGGCUGGGCAGCGAGCAGCGGUACAAAGCAUCCUGAGCAACGAGUGACCGCCACCUGGCUCUCUCGUCAUCACCCUGAAAGGAAAUCUUCGCCUCGCGAAGUGGCCACUGGAGUCUUUGCCUGGCAGCAGCACCCAUCCAAGUCAUCGUCAUCGCGUGGUGGGGGUCACUCGUCAUCGCGCGUUCUGCCAGCUGCGUGUUGUACAAAGGACAGACUCCUUCCCUUAUCCCGCGCCCCCUUCGUCCCACUACAAUGCACCGUGAGCCCUCCCUUUGCCCACUGCCCCACCAUCCGGCCCAGCCUCUCAGCCGAGACAGCUGCAACGACUGGUCCACGACAGAAGAAACCCACAUUGUCACCACAGAUCUUUCGGCUAUGGCCGCAUCUUUAAUACGUCGUAAAAAAAAAAAGAGAGACAAGAGAGACCGUUGUGCGUGCUUUCAGCAGUACAAUCUUGUGCAUGUGUGUGAAACAGUACUCCGAAUGGCGCGCAACUAUUAGUAACUGCUGUGCACGCAGUCUCUCUUAACCGUGCCCAGACCUUGUGUAAAUAGUGUGUGUGGAUCAUGCGAUGAAAUUAAAGACGACUAACACAUUGGAAAA